GAAAGCGCUCAAUGGACACGUUUAGAAAGGACGCAAGGAAAAGCUUGAGGCAGCUGAGCUGAGCAGAAGACCAAAUGGAAGUGAUGGCGCUCAGGCAGAUGCCUCAGUCUCAUAUAAUGAGUGACCUGCUGACGAUCCGUGAGAAAGGCAUCCUCAUUCGUCUGCUGGAACCGCACUGCAAGUUGGUGAAAAGUACAGUAGCCCAGAUACUCCAGGCCAAUGAUUCUGAGGGUGAGAGCCGGAGCUGGCAUCGUGUGGACUGCGGCGUGGUCUGUCUCAUCGAGGACACGUCUCUGCAGUCCUUCUUCCUGCGUCUCUACUGUGUCCAGCGUGCCAAGUUACUGUGGGAGCAGGAAUUGUACAUUCCUUUCAAAUACGCUGCAAGUCGAGCAUACUUCCAUACUUUCCCUGGAGAAGCCUGCCAGGUCGGUCUCAACUUUGCAAACGAAUCUGAGGCAGAGGAGUUUCAGUCUGCAGUGGAGGAUGUUCAAGAAAAGAUGACAGCCACGAUUGCGAAGUCAAAAACUGAAGAAAAGAUAGUCCCAACAAGCCACCCACCUGAUUUAGAGAGAAUAAAAGGGGAUCAUUUGUAUGAAGAGCCAAUUUUCUUCCCACCGGUUCCAGCCUCUCCAAGUUUGUUUUCAGAUCUGGAUCCUAGUAUGAAGAAGCUGUUGAUGGAGGCAAGACUAAGCGAGGAAGACCUUAAAAACAAAGAUGUUGCUGAAGUGGUCGACUGCAUCAUUAACCAGUUUGGAGGACUAAAAGCUGUGCAAAAAGAGCUGAGGAAGAAAGGCACAGCUUCACAGACUUUACCAAGAUCUGCGGGGCCAUCCAUUUCCGUAGCUUUGCAGAAAGGGCCUCUACCGCCGAUUCCGUCAACCCAAAACUCUGAGCAGACAUCAGAUAACACAACCAGAACAGGUGACAGUCAGGAUGCUCCUCCUCCUGCUCCCGAACCUGGUAGAUUAAGAAGAAGUGCCAGUUUUAAAGAUGUGGGCUCGUCAGCAGAACCACAAAAAAGCGAUCUCAUCCUGAAUGCACUGAGAGAAGCAUUCAAACAAAGGCAGAUACUCCGGGAAACCUCAAGAGAACUUCAAAAUUAAGACGACUUAGAAAAAAGAAAAGCAUUAAGGAAGCAGGAGAUGCAUUAAGACACGCAAGACUUACAAUAUUUAAGUUGA